UCGACGACGACCCUCCGUAACAAAUACGAACGAGGCCACUGGCUACGGAGGAGAAUGAGUAUGACCAAGUACACGACAGGAACAAAUGAUGAUUCGGAAUGACUGUGGGCGGAGGUCUGGGAGGGUGACGAAGUCGAGUGGGAGAAUAAUGAUGUGAUGGGAAUCCUACGUAUGGUGUUUAUUUCUUUCCGCUUCAAGUUGUUUGUUGCCGCCACCGCUCCUGAUGCCAUUUUUGGUUAUUAGGCCUUGUUAAUGUUUGCUCUUCCCCUCCUAGACCCUUCCUCUUUCUUUUCUUUUUUUUUUUUCUUUUUUGGCAAAGCGGCAUAUUUCAGGAGUUCGGGCGUAUGUACCGGACGCGACGAAGGAAAGGGGGCGAUGGCCGGUUGGCCGGCUGGUGGCGUGAGGAACACACGAAGAUAUUCACAGGAGGAACGGCCCUGCCUGUAUUCCAGUCCCCACCCCGUCCCCCUUGCCAGGUUCACGGCGGCAGCGAGGUUGUUUCUCUUGUCGCUGUUCAACGUCCUGAAUAGAAUAAUAGAUGUGAGAUACCACCCGUACACUGUUCCAACACUCUUUCUCCCUCGCCUGUGGUCCCUCCAACUGAAAAUGGCACGCCGGGUCGUUCGCCUGGUGCACCGACCUCCCGGCCGACCUGGUCGUGGCUCGCAGGGCGGGGAGAUUCCGGGGAAAGUGAAGAAAACAAGAAAGAAAAGAGAAAGAGAAAGAAGGAAAGAAGAGAAAAGAAAAAGACUAGAGGAACCGAGGAAGUCGGAAACUCAGCCCCCCUCCCCCCUCUUCCCCACAGUGUUCUAGAGCGAGAUGUGAGAGAGAGAGACAAGAGAGAGCUUAAAAAGCGGCCGAGAACGAGGCUUCCCCCCCACCCUUUCUAUCCCCAAUAUAGCCAUGGAUCGAAAAGAUGGAGGGAUCACAAGGGGGGAAAGGGGAGGCGAGAAAUACGUAGUGGUUUACGGAGUACCAAGAGAAGAAAAAUAAGAAGACGGGGAAAAAGAAAGAAAAGGCAAAGCCAAAAUUGGACAUUU